AUGGACCGGUCACAAUCUUUUAAUGCCCCACCAUUCUUUGAUGAAGGCAACUAUGCUUUUUGGAAGGUCCAAAUGAGGGCUUUCUUGUGUGCUAUCGAUGAGUCUGUAUGGGAUUCCGUUGUGAAUGGGAUCUCGCACGUGGAGACAGUUAAGGAAGCUUGGACGAUCCUUGGGAUGACCUAUGAGGGUACCAAGAAAGUCAAGGACAUGAAGCUUCAAAUGCUUACCACUAGAUUUGAAGAACUUAAGAUGGGAGAUGAUGAGGCUUUCGAUUCUUUCUAUGGAAAGCUCAAUGAAAUUGUAAUUGCCAAGCUCAACGUCGAAGAGAAGAUUGAAGAUUCUAAGGUGGUGAGAAAGAUUUUGAGGUCUUUACCGGAGAGUUUCCGAGCAAAAGUCACAGCUAUAGAAGAUAGUAAAGACUUGGAUGAGAUCAAAAUCCAAGAGCUAAUUGGAUCUCUCCAAACAUAUGAGCUGGGACUGCCUUCUCAUAAAUCGAGCAAAUCUCUUGCUCUUAAAACCAUCACCGAGAGAAUGGACAACUCCUUCGAAGAGGAUGAUGUGGAGAAGGAAGUAGCAUUCCUUGCAAAGAACUUUCGAAAAUUUCUGAAGAUGAACAACAGUGGGAAGCCUUUCAAUAAAGGAAAGUUUUCAUCUCCCAAGGGUGAUAGGAAGGAAUUUAGGAAGAAAGAUGGGAAGGAGUCUCAAUCUACUCAAGGAAUCACUUGCUUCGAGUGCAAUGGACAUGGGCAUGUUAAGAAAGAAUGUCCUAAUUAUUUGAGAAUGAACAGCAAGGCAUAUGCCACAACUCUCAAUGAUUCGGACUCUUCCAAUUCAGAUUCAGAAGAGAGUUGUGAUGGAGAAAGGAAUUACUCCACUUUUAUGACUAUUGCUCAUGUUGAGUCUUUGGAGGACUUGAGUUUGCUUGUAGAAGAGCUUGGGGAGCAUAGUGAGGAGGAAUCAAUGGGAGUUGUAGAAGAAUCGGAUGCUGAAGAAGAUGAAAGUUCAGUGGGCCUUCAAGAGAACUACAAUUCCCUUCUUGAGAAGUUUGGAGAAUAUGCAAGGGUGGCUAAGGCAGCUGUUAAAAAGAUGAAGAAGGCAGAGGAGGACUAUAGAAGUCUUCUAGUGUGUUAUAAGGAGGCCAAAUGUGAAAUAGAGACAUUGAAUGGAGAACUGACUGAAGCCUACUCAAAGAUAAAAUUUCUUGAGCUUGAGGUGGUUCAAGCCAAUGCUAAAGUAGAGCGAGUCUCUUCCAAGAAGCUUGAUGAAGUCCUUUCUCAUCAAAAACCUUCCUCCGACAAAAUUGAAUUGGGAUAUACUGGAGAAAGUAGUUCGACUGUCAAUGUUUCCAAGGAAGUGAAGUUUAUAAAAGCCAAAGCACUGAUGGUAACUACCACAAGGGCUGAGAAAGUGAAGGAGGAGAAGAAUAAGAAUGUGGCUGACCGACGGGUGUUGAAUAAGCCCCCUAACCAAUUAGUGGUCAAGCCUAAGAUGUCUCCUACCAAACAUUCUACAACCAAGAAAUCCACAAAACGUUCUCGCACUGAUUUUGACAAUUUCAAGUUUGCUGAGGUUGAUAUGAAAUACAAUGACUGCUACAAAAGAGCAACCAUUAUUAUGGAGAGGGUGGUCCAGCUAGAAACCCUUAAGGACACCUUCAUCCCUGAGGUGUUCAAAGAAAGGACUUGGACCAAGCUGUUGAACUUGGUUGGGGUUGUCUACUCAGAGAUCAUAAGAAAGUUUUUCUCAAAUGCUACUGUGGAAGGAGACCAUAUAGAUUGUUGGGUGAGGCACAAAGAAUUUGUGAUUACAAAGGAUAGCAUUCAAGAAUUUUUGGAAAUUCGUCCUCCCUCUCAACCAAUCUCAGUCCAAUAUGAAGACAGAUUGGGAUCGACUGAGGAGAUGGUGGAAAUACUUGGUGGUACAUCAAAGAAGUCAUCCAUGAAUACAAUCCCAUUUUCACUAGAGAUGAGGGCUUUGGCAUAUGUGAUGAUCCAUAACUUGUAUCCGGUCACCAACCUCACUAUAUUAUAA